UUCUCAUAUAUGUUGGGUACCAUCGAGUGACUGAGAACAGGAAGCGGAGGCAGAAGCAGAGAGGAUUCUGGAAAGGUCUCUGUGUUUUCCACCGAGAACACAGAAAUUGCGAUCAAUUAGUAAGGCUUUGUGGAUGAAAAUCUGGACUGUUUCAGGAGGAGACGUAUGUUACAUUAUUUUUGGAUGCUGGGCUUUGCAGUGAUUAUUCAUUCUCUUUCAAUCAGAGUUUCUACAGUGGCUGUUCAUUCAUGGUGUAUUUGGAGAAAAGUAUUAUUAAGAGCUGCUUUGGGAAGAGCAGAGACCUAAAAGAGAGGGAUGUCUUCUUUUCUUCUCUAGGAAUAAAAGCAAAAUAACAACAUAAAACAGUAAAAAAUAAAAUUUAAAAAAAAAAAAAAAAAAAAAAAGAAGAAGAAGAAGAAAGCAGAAAUAAUAUAUCUAGAUGAGAUAUCCAAAAGAGAAUAAAUGUCUCAAAGACAGCUCAUCUGAAUCUCAGUGGCUGAAGAGUAUGUGUAAGAUGUUGGAAAAAAAUGUCUAUGUGAACAUGUAGGCUUACCUUUGUCUACUGCAAUUAAUUUUUGAGAAGCUUUGGACACAGAAACAAAGAAUGAGAGAGUCCUGAAGGAACUACAGUCUUGAAGAAGUUUCAGGUCCCAAGGAGAAGCCUUCCUUACCAAUUCAUUUUCUGCUAGAAAUGCAGCCUUUUUAUUUUCACAUUAGCAAAAGAUGUAGAGGUUAAAUUCUGAGAUUUGGCAUUUCUUAGAAAAAUAAAGGUCAUUCUUAUGCAAGAAGCUAAAAGUAAUUAAAUUUGCAGGAUGAAAACAUGGCACAGGCACUGCUGGUACCACCCGGACCUGAAAGCUUCCGCUAUUUUACUAGAGAUUCUCUCGCAGCUAUUGAAAAGCGUUCUGCAGAAGAAAAAGCUAAAAAGCCCAAGCAAGAACAUACAGAUGAUGAUGAUGAAAAUGGUCCAAAACCAAACAGUGACUUGGAGGCAGGAAAGACGCUGCCAUUUAUUUAUGGUGACAUACCUCCAGGAAUGGUGUCUGAACCUUUGGAAGACCUGGACCCAUAUUAUAUCAAUAAAAAAACUUUCAUAGUAUUGAAUAAGGGAAAAGCAAUUUUCCGGUUCAGUGCCACAUCUGCCUUGUAUAUUUUAACUCCUUUUAAUCCCAUCAGAAAAAUUGCUAUCAAGAUUUUGGUACAUUCAUUAUUCAGCAUGCUUAUCAUGUGCACUAUUUUGACCAACUGCGUAUUUAUGACCAUGAGUAACCCUCCAGACUGGACAAAGAAUGUAGAGUACACUUUCACUGGAAUUUAUACCUUUGAAUCACUUAUCAAAAUUCUUGCAAGAGGCUUCUGCUUAGAAGGUUUUACUUUUCUGCGAGACCCAUGGAACUGGCUUGACUUCAGUGUCAUUUUAAUGGCGUAUGUAACAGAAUUUGUAAACCUAGGCAAUGUUUCAGCUCUUCGAACUUUCAGAGUAUUGAGAGCUUUGAAAACUAUUUCUGUAAUUCCAGGCCUGAAGACUAUAGUGGGGGCCCUGAUUCAGUCUGUGAAGAAGCUCUCGGAUGUGAUGAUCCUGACUGUGUUUUGUCUGAGUGUAUUUGCACUGAUAGGGCUGCAGCUGUUCAUGGGCAACCUGAGGAAUAAAUGCCUGCAGUGGCCUCCAGACAAUUCUACUUUUGAGAUAAACAUUAUUUCCUACUUUAACAGCACAAUGAAUGAAAACGGUACAUUUGUUAACAUGACAGUGAGCACGUUUAACUGGAAGGAUUACAUUGAGGAUGAAACUCAUUUUUACAUUUUGGAAGGACAAAGAGAUGCCCUACUUUGUGGUAAUAGCUCUGAUGCAGGGCAAUGCCCAGAAGGAUAUAUCUGUGUGAAAGCUGGCAGAAACCCCAACUAUGGCUACACAAGUUUUGACACCUUCAGUUGGGCUUUUUUGUCACUGUUUCGGCUAAUGACUCAGGACUUCUGGGAAAACCUUUAUCAGCUGACGCUGCGUGCUGCUGGGAAGACAUACAUGAUAUUUUUUGUCCUGGUGAUUUUUCUGGGCUCUUUCUAUCUGAUAAACCUGAUCCUGGCUGUGGUUGCCAUGGCCUAUGAAGAACAGAAUCAAGCAACCCUGGAAGAAGCAGAGCAGAAAGAGGCAGAAUUUCAGCAGAUGCUGGAACAACUGAAGAAGCAACAAGAAGAAGCUCAGACAACAGCAGCAGUAGCAGCAGCAUCAGUUGCAUCAAGAGAUUUCAGUGGUGUAGGCGGAUUAGGAGAACUCUUGGAAAGCUCUUCAGAAGCAUCAAAGCUGAGCUCAAAGAGUGCUAAAGAAAGAAGAAACAGAAGGAAGAAAAGAAGACAGAAAGAAAUGUCUGAAGCAGAGGACAAAGGAGAUAUCGAUAAGUUCCCCAAGUCUGAGUCAGAAGACAGUAUCAGAAGGAAAAGUUUCCGCUUCUCCACAGAAGGAAGUCAACUGACAUAUGAAAAAAGGCUUACUUCUCCUCACCAGUCUUUGUUAAGCAUUCGUGGUUCUCUGUUCUCACCAAGGCGCAACAGCAAAACCAGCAUUUUCAGUUUCAGAGGUCAUGCAAAGGAUGUAGGAUCUGAAAAUGACUUUGCUGAUGAUGAGCAUAGCACUCUUGAAGACAAUGAGAGCAGAAGAGAUUCUCUCUUUGUCCCAAAUCGACAUGGAGAAAGGCGCAACAGUAACAUAAGUCAGGCCAGUGUAUCAUCUAGAAUGAUACCAGCCCUUCCAGUAAACGGGAAGAUGCACAGCACUGUGGAUUGCAAUGGAGUGGUUUCCUUGGUUGGAGGACCUUCAACUCUAACUUCACCUACUGGUCAGCUUAUACCAGAGGGCACCACUACAGAAGCAGAAAUAAGGAAAAGAAGACUGAGCUCAUACCAAAUUUCUAUGGAAAUGCUGGAAGAGUCUGCUGCAAGACAAAGAGCAAUGAGCAUAGCCAGCAUACUUACAAAUACAAUGGAAGAGCUUGAAGAAUCCAGACAGAAAUGCCCACCAUGCUGGUACAGAUUUGCAAAUACUUUCUUGAUCUGGGAUUGCUGGAGUCCAUGGUUAAAAGUAAAGCAUAUCGUCAAUUUAGUUGUGAUGGAUCCGUUUGUUGAUCUUGCUAUAACUAUUUGCAUUGUUUUAAACACCUUGUUUAUGGCCAUGGAACAUUACCCAAUGACAGAACAGUUUAGCAGUGUCCUUUCUGUGGGGAACCUGGUAUUCACUGGAAUAUUUACAGCAGAAAUGGUACUAAAGAUUAUUGCCAUGGACCCUUAUUAUUAUUUCCAAGAAGGCUGGAAUAUUUUUGAUGGUAUUAUCGUUAGCCUUAGUUUAAUGGAGCUUGGUCUUGCAAAUGUUGAAGGAUUAUCUGUUCUUCGCUCAUUCAGAUUGCUUCGAGUUUUCAAAUUGGCAAAAUCUUGGCCAACCCUAAAUAUGCUGAUUAAGAUUAUUGGCAACUCCGUGGGGGCUCUGGGGAAUCUGACCCUGGUGCUGGCCAUCAUUGUGUUCAUUUUUGCUGUGGUUGGGAUGCAGCUGUUUGGGAAAAGCUACAAGGAAUGCGUCUGCAAGAUCUCCAGUGACUGUGAACUUCCUCGCUGGCACAUGCAUGACUUUUUCCACUCUUUCCUGAUUGUAUUUCGAGUGCUGUGUGGAGAAUGGAUAGAAACGAUGUGGGACUGCAUGGAGGUUGCAGGCCAAACCAUGUGCCUUAUUGUUUUCAUGCUGGUCAUGGUGAUUGGAAACCUAGUGGUAUUGAACCUAUUUCUGGCCUUGCUGCUGAGCUCAUUUAGUUCAGACAACCUUGCUGCUACAGACGAUGAUAAUGAAAUGAACAAUCUGCAGAUUGCUGUGGCAAGGAUUCAGAAAGGCAUAGAUUAUAUUAAAAAAAAGAUACAUGAGUUCAUCCGAAAAGCCUUUGUUAGAAAGCAGAAAUCUUUAGAGGAAAUCAAAGCACUUGAAGAGCUAAACAACAAGAAAGACAGCUGCAUUUCCAAUCAUACUGCUGUUGAAAUAAGCAAAGAUCUGAAUUAUCUUAAAGACGGGAAUGGAACCACCAGCGGUGUAGGCACAGGCAGCAGCGUGGAAAAAUACGUAAUUGAUGAAAAUGAUUACAUGUCAUUCAUAAACAACCCAGGCCUCACUGUGACAGUGCCCAUUGCACUUGGAGAAUCGGAUUUUGAAAAUUUAAAUACAGAAGAAUUUAGCAGUGAAUCUGAUAUGGAAGAAAGCAAACAGAAACUAAAUGCAUCAAGCUCAUCAGAAGGCAGCACUGUUGAUAUUGCUCCUCCUGGAGAGGGCGAGCAAGCAGAAAUUGAAAGUGAAGAAGCUCUUGAACCAGAAGCCUGUUUUACCGAAGGCUGUGUGCAGAAAUUUCCAUGUUGUCAAGUAAGUAUAGAAGAUGGCAAAGGAAAAACUUGGUGGAAUCUUAGAAAAACCUGCUACAGCAUAGUUGAACACAACUGGUUUGAGACUUUCAUUGUAUUCAUGAUUCUCCUCAGCAGUGGAGCACUAGCUUUUGAAGAUAUAUACAUCGAACAACGCAAAACCAUCAAGACAAUGCUGGAAUAUGCUGACAAAGUUUUUACAUAUAUUUUCAUUUUGGAAAUGCUUUUAAAAUGGGUAGCCUAUGGUUUUCAAAUAUAUUUUACUAAUGCCUGGUGCUGGCUGGACUUCCUGAUUGUUGAUGUUUCAUUGGUUAGUUUAAUAGCCAAUGCUCUGGGCUAUUCUGAACUUGGUGCCAUUAAAUCGCUACGGACAUUAAGAGCUUUAAGACCUUUAAGAGCCUUGUCAAGAUUUGAAGGAAUGAGGGUGGUUGUAAAUGCCCUUGUAGGAGCAAUCCCAUCGAUCAUGAAUGUAUUGCUGGUAUGUCUUAUAUUCUGGCUAAUCUUCAGCAUCAUGGGAGUAAAUCUUUUUGCUGGAAAAUUCUAUCACUGUGUCAACACCACAACUGGUGAGAUGUUUGAUAUCAGUGAUGUCAACAAUUAUACUCAGUGUGUAGAACUCAUAAAAAGCAAUCAAAGUGCUCGAUGGAAGAAUGUGAAAGUAAACUUUGAUAACGUAGGAGCUGGAUAUCUUGCUCUGCUUCAAGUGGCUACUUUCAAAGGAUGGAUGGAUAUUAUGUAUGCUGCUGUUGAUUCACGAGAUGUAAAAGAUCAACCUAAGUAUGAGGACAACUUGUAUAUGUAUCUCUAUUUUGUCAUCUUUAUCAUAUUUGGAUCAUUUUUUACCUUGAACCUUUUCAUUGGUGUUAUUAUAGACAACUUCAACCAACAAAAAAAGAAGUUUGGAGGUCAGGAUAUAUUUAUGACAGAAGAACAGAAGAAAUAUUACAAUGCAAUGAAAAAACUGGGAUCCAAAAAGCCACAGAAACCUAUACCGAGGCCAGUGAACAAAUUCCAAGGCAUGAUCUUUGAUUUUGUAACCAAACAAGUAUUUGACAUCAGCAUCAUGAUACUCAUCUGCCUUAACAUGGUCACAAUGAUGGUAGAAACAGAUGAUCAGAGUAAAGAAAUGGAAACAAUUUUAUCCCGGAUUAACUUGGUGUUCAUUGUCCUUUUCACUGGAGAAUUUGUCCUGAAAUUGAUUUCACUUCGCCAUUACUACUUCACUAUAGGCUGGAAUAUUUUUGAUUUUGUGGUUGUGAUUCUCUCCAUAGUAGGUAUGUUCUUAGCUGAGAUGAUUGAGAAGUACUUUGUAUCUCCCACACUAUUCAGAGUCAUCCGGCUUGCCAGAAUCGGACGAAUCCUGCGCCUCAUUAAAGGUGCUAAGGGAAUCCGCACUCUGCUUUUUGCUUUGAUGAUGUCUCUUCCUGCUUUGUUCAACAUUGGGCUGCUGCUCUUCCUGGUCAUGUUCAUCUACGCCAUAUUUGGCAUGUCCAACUUUGCCUAUGUCAAGAGGGAAGUUGGGAUUGAUGACAUGUUCAACUUUGAGACGUUUGGCAACAGCAUGAUCUGCCUGUUUCAGAUCACCACAUCCGCUGGCUGGGACGGUUUGCUCGCCCCAAUUCUGAACAGUGGGGAGCCAGACUGUGACCCUCAUAAAGAUCAUCCAGGGAGCUCUGUGAAAGGUGACUGUGGCAACCCUUCUGUUGGGAUUUUCUUCUUUGUCAGCUACAUUAUCAUAUCCUUCCUGGUGGUGGUGAACAUGUACAUUGCUGUGAUUUUGGAAAACUUCAGUGUUGCAACUGAAGAAAGUGCUGAACCCUUGAGCGAGGAUGACUUUGAGAUGUUCUAUGAAGUCUGGGAGAAGUUUGAUCCCGAUGCAACACAAUUCAUAGAAUAUAGUAAAUUAUCAGAUUUUGCAGCUUCAUUAGAUCCACCUCUUCUCAUAGCAAAACCAAACAAGGUGCAGCUUAUUGCAAUGGAUCUGCCCAUGGUGAGCGGUGACAGAAUUCACUGCCUUGACAUCUUGUUUGCUUUCACAAAGCGUGUGUUGGGGGAAAGUGGGGAGAUGGAUGCCCUCAGAAUACAGAUGGAAGAUCGGUUUAUGGCAGCCAAUCCUUCUAAAGUCUCCUAUGAACCAAUUACAACCACACUGAAGCGAAAGCAGGAGGAGGUGUCUGCUGUUAUCAUUCAGCGUGCUUAUAGACGUCACCUUUUAAGGCUAAAAGUUAAACAAGUGUCCAGUAUAUAUAACAGAAAUAAAAACAAAGAAGAAGAUGGACACAUUAUAAAAGAGAUAAUUAUUGAUAAACUAAAAGGGAACUCCACUCCAGAAAAAACAGAUGAGAGUUCUUCUACAACUUCCCCACCCUCUUAUGAUAGUGUAACAAAGCCGGACAAAGAAAAAUAUGAAAAAGAUAAAGCAGAAAAGAACUACAAAGGUAAAGACAUCAGGGAAAAUAAAAAAUAAUGAUCUAAGAAUUUUGUUAAUGGGACAACUUGUUUACAGUCUUUGAGAAUGAAUCAUCAGCUGUCCUCCUGCAGGAAAUUUAUGCCAAACUGAAAGUUUUUACACAUAUAUGUGUGUGUGUGCGCGUGUGUGCAUAUAUAUACAUUAUAUAUAUAUAUACUUAAGGUCAGUGCCUAUAACAAAACAGUGAACCUCUAUCAUCAGACUGUGACUCUGUUAAUCAGGGUAAAAAACUUGACAAGAGGUUACUGUUUUCACUACAGCUGACACUGCUAAGAAUAAGGGAAAAGGUGGCUCCAUAGAGAAGAUGGAGCAUGAAAUGAGAGCAAACGGAUACUUUAUUUCCACAACAUGUAGAACAGUAAUUCUCUUCACUGUUUGUAAUGCAACUGCCACAUUUGUCAUAUUUUUACAAAAACCGUAUUAGUGUAUUUAUCAUUUUUUAAUUCACAGGUUGUUUACUAUUAUAUGUGACUAUUUUUGUAAUAGGUUUUAUGUUGGGGAAAGAGGUAUGAGGACCAGGAGUUCUACUCUCAGAUUCUCUAUAAUGUACAGAUAGGACUGAUUUGCAUAGACAUGCUGCACUUGUCAAUCAUGCAUAAAUAAAAGUAUGACGUUGCACAAAGCUGAAGAUUUUAAGAACUUCCAUGUUUCAGGGUUGCUCUUAAAUUUGAAGAAUUCUAACUAGUUGUAUGGCUGCAUCCAGAUUAUGUGCAUCCAGAUUAAUGUGCCUGGAGAGUCUCCUCUAAUUUACAGGAAUCUGCAAUGACUUAUUUUUUAUGUGAAUGAUUAAACAUGAACAAGUUCUUGUUUAUGUUAAAAUAUUUACAGCUCAAAAAAUAUUGUGCAGUUUCUGCACUGGAAAAAUAGCUUCACCAAAAUAUAUCUGGGAGUUUUGCUUUUAACAGCUCUUUUUCUUUUCUUUCUUUCUUUUUUUUUUUUUUUUUUUUUUCCCCUGGGCUAUUCUUUGAUUACUGUCUUCUCUCAUUAUCUCCAACCUCCAGUAAAUCCAUAAAAUACCCUUUUCCAUGUAAAUAUUAACAGUAUAUCAUUGUGCAUAUUUGAGCAUAGAAUUUAAUGGCUUUGCCACAUUAAAUUGCAUCAGAUAUGUACCACAGUAUGGUUAAUUUGUAAGAGCUCAACAGGAUGUUGUAUUCUGUGUCAUAGUUAGGAGAGUAUCACUGAUGCAUGUCAAUGCUUUUGCUGCUGUACCUUGCUCCUUCCACUGCCCACAGUCUCCACUAUAGGAAGCCAUGUGUCAGUGAUGAAGUGAAUGAAGUUGUCCACCCAGACCUCAUUCUUUCAAAUCAUUAAGCAAUAGUUUGCAGCUAUUUAUGAGUUUUUUAGUUUUGCAUUUUAAAUUUGAAAUGGCUGCUAUAUGGUGUAGAAUCAGACUGUACAGGCCAUAUUGCUAACUGUUAAACCUGUUGACAAUGUGGUUAGCAUAUAUAAAUAAUGUAAAGAAAUACCAUUUGGCAACAAAUCCGUAUAUAAGAAAAGUGUUUUCAAGUUUAGAUCACUGUUUCUUGUAUUUCUUUCCUCGUUCACCUGACUUAUUUUCUAACCACAGUAAUUCCAAACUGGCAUCAUCACACUAUGAGAAAAAAAGUGAGUAUUUGUAGACUAUCUUGUCUUAAUAAUACAUUUGCAUAUAUUCCAAUGUGAAGUAAAUUGUGUAAAUCUGGAACCCAGCUUGUUUUCAAAUAGUUACGGGAUAUAGCAAGGAAAGCAUUAGGGAAAUGUGCGAAUUUCUAGCACUAUUUGCAUCAGAAGUUCCAAGGUAGUCUCAUAGUUGAUUAAAUCCUUGCUAUCUUGCAGUGUCUGUUUACAUAGUCUACUCUUAUUCUUUUUUGAAUCAUGGUGCACUAGGCUUGUACAAAUAAAAUAUUUCCCAAGAAAAAAAUGACACAUUUGUAUAAUCAAGGACAUCAGGACAUUUUGUGUUUCACACACAAGCUAACAUUAAAUGUAGAAUCUUUCUUUUACAAAUGCUUUUGACUUGUAAUGUGUUGGUGAAAUGCAUGCAGGAAAUUGUUAUUAUCAUAAACAACACAAACAAUAUUACAUAUGAGCCAAAAAAUAAAGAUUUCUUUUUUAAAAA